CCGAACCGGAGGGAGCUUCGCGUUAAGCUUCACUGGGUCUCGUUCGACGCGCCGGUGGACUCUAUUCGGCGCGCCUUCGAACCAUUUGGGACCGUCAAAGAAGUCGCGAGGGAAAAGUGGAAGGUGGAUGGUUUCGUCGACGUUGAGUCCACGACCCUCGUCGUGAGGAUCACCCUCAACGAGGGAGUCUCGCUGGAGAGCCUGCCGCACCAGCUCCGUCUCUGCGGUGGAAACGUCUUGGUCGUGGUGCCCGGGCGUGCGGCGAAAUGUCUCCGGUGCCGUCGCACUGGGCAUAUCCGCCGUGACUGCAGGGCACCCUGGUGUGCUGAGUGCCACGGCUUCGGACACGAGCCCAAGGACUGCGUCAAGACGUACGCCCGUGCAGCCGGCGGCAGUACCAAUGCGGAGUCCACAGAGCUUCUGAUGGACGAAGAAGAGGCGGAACAGGCAGCUGCACCGGCGACGCCGACAGUGCCUCAAGGGCAGCCCGACUCGGAGGAAGCCAAGGGAGGCCCUAGCGAGACGAAGACCGCCGCUUCUCAGACGGAGCCAUCGCCCAAGACGACUCCUGAAGGAACCAGUGGUGCUUCGGCGAGGGAUGGAAUAGCGACUCCGGAAGCACCAGUGGAUGCCGUCCAAGGAAGGGAGCCCGCGGUCGCCAAGGGUGGCGACGACGACCACGUUAUGGUCGUCGAAACCACUACAGUGAAGCGCCGUCUGGAUGAUGCGCCGUCCUCUCGCGCCUUCAAUCUAUGA